AUGUAGACUCCGACAUAGUCCGUUUCGUCAUCCCGAUCGUCUCUCCUCGGGUGACAAAGACAAGGCCGGUCCACUGCGUCCGGAGUGUAUUGGAAUGUCGUCGCUCGGCUAUCAGUUGGUUGGCCUUUGUAUGAGAUUUUAGACGAUUUAAAAACGGUUGAAUAAAUAUCUCACGGAUUAUAAUGCAAUAAUAAAAUGUCAUGAGAAUUUGAAGGUAUUCAUGUUGUGUAUCGGGCUGUCUCUCAGUGAUUGUUCAGGAAUAUUUUGGAUUACUUUAUUUGAACGCGAGGAAGGGCUGACAACCAUCACACCAUGACAAGGGAAGACAAUAAAGAGGACACCGUUCAGGAUAUAUUGGAAACAAUGGUAGACUUCCUAAAAAAGGUUGUUGGACUGUCUGUGUCCGGUAUUGGUGACGAUCCUGCAGCAAUGUCGAGAAAUCUCCCGCAACAUCCGCCUUCGCCAGCCCUAGACGAUCUUCUACCUCAAGAAAUUGAAAUACUCAAUGACGUGUUCAGGAGACAAGAGGAAUUUGAGAGACAGGAAAGAGAGGAAAUCAAAUACAUGAAGGACAUGAUCAACCACCAGGAGGGCAGGAUAGCCAACCAACAACAAAACGUCAGAAGCGUGAUGUCUUCAAGUCUCUCUACCGUCUGUCGUCUUUGCUGUAAGACCAAGUUCGCAGAGAAGAUCGGGCGACAGUGCCAUAGCUGCGGUCAUCGCAUCUGCAGCAGGUGUGGAUUAUAUGCUCAGGACUUUAAGGUAACACGAUGGCGUUGUCGGUUGUGCCAGCUGAAGAGGGAUUAUUACAGUAAAACUGGGCAGUGGUAUCACGGCACUCAGGCACAACCUACUCUCGAUACAGAUGAGAUCUGGUUGGCAGUUCAAAAGUCAAGGUCACGCUCUUCUUCCAUUUGCCAUGAAACUGCUGAAAAGGCUGUAAAGUAUCAAGAAACGAAAAAAAGGCACCAUUCUUUACAUGACAUCUCUAUCAAUAAGAACAUUCGCAAUACUAGGCGUGACAUCAGCUUCUUCGCACAACCACCCACAAACAUACAAUGGGCCUCACCCCCGGUGUCCCCAAGAGAUCAAAGAUCUCCUUCAGCUGUAUGGCGGGCCAAGUCGGCGGAGGAAAGCGGAGACGAUGCCCGGUUAACAUCUAGCAGACAGCAUCAAACAACUACAACAAUAGACGGAUAUCGUUUAAACCCCUCUGGUGGUCAGACCCCGAGUUCUUCAUGCAGUAGGGGGACAGGUCUUAUCUGCUCGUCCGUGGAGAGCGUAGAAGACGCUUCCGACUUGGAAUCGCGAUCGGAAGGCUCGUACAUGUACAACUACGAAACGGAAUCUAAUUCGUGUUAUCGGGACUUUGACAUUAGUAGCAGUAGGCAGUCACUCUCUAAAGAGGAUAUAGACUCGGUUCGAAUGAUUGUGGCUUCCACUCAGAAUCUCACCGAAGGAUUGAAUCGAUAUAGUCAAAGACCUACGAGUCACAGCGCCGAAGCUCUAAGCAUUCAAAUCAACGGCGCACCCCUUGAAAGUUCAUCCUCGGGGACAGAGUCGGAUCGUUUCAAUAGGGAAAACAAGGGACAGCAGCGAAGACUGAGAGGAGAUGUCCGUGGCCUGUCACCUAUAUUCAACCAAGGUCAGACACUUUUCGGUCAUUCAACUGAUGAUGGGUCCAUCAGUGAUAACUCGAGCAAGUCUCGCGCCCGUCUCCGCCCCAUUCCGCCCCUCAUGCCCACCACAACUGCAUUUAGCGCUGGGCGUGGCACAGUCAGCCCCAAGCUCAGCGGACGUCCGUUGAAGGCAAUUGCAAAUACGAACAUGCUGGCUGCAGAGGGUCAGACGCCGGGGUUUCACAGGCGAGUGUUUUAUACGUGUCCCGAGGCGACAUAUGAUAGCAGUGACACUGGGACAUCAACACGUAGACAACAUAGGAUGACGACUGGCAGUCUCUGUAUGACAGAGGACUCCAAAACCCCAGAACGAAGACGGACUAAGAGUGCCUCGAUUGAUCUCAGUGAGGCAGUGACGACUGGUAGGGAGCAAACUGUCACUGAUGAUCUCAAACGGACUGGUAGCAGACAAACUGAAGGGCCUAUUGCACCGGUGCGUAAGGCCUGUCGUAAGAAGUUUAGGGGAAGCCCAAUGGAGAGGGAGAACUCCACGUCCAAUAUCAAAAAGAGACCUAAAGUGAGAGGUUGGGCUCCAAGCGACAUUGAACACCACGUCGUCAUCCACAAAGACAUAAGUGAUAACAGCUGCCGAAUGAACGGACUAGGUAUGCGCGUAGUCGGCGGGAAGCGGAGACCUGAUGGUAGACUGGGGGCAUUCGUGACGGAGGUGGCACCCAACGGAGCGGCUGUUCUCCAGGGAAGCUUGGCAACAGGGGACGAAAUUGUGAGCUGGAAUGGGAAGUCUCUCGAAAAUACCACAUAUGAGGAGGCCUUAAAUAUCAUAGCCCUUCCUGGAGAUUUUGUGCAUCUGUUGGUACGCCAUCCAGCUCAGGAAAGAAGUGAAAAAGCCUCGCUUAGCCCAGAGGAUGAAACUGAUAGCCUAGAUGCAGCUCCUAUUAAAGGUCCAGCGAGGAAGAUUUCUGAAACACUCAGCACAGAUGAAAGCAGUAGUUUGUCUUCCACCAGUCAUUAUCUGAAUAUCCGUCCACCACUAGUCAAGCAGAAACGCCGACGGAAACUGCCAGAGAUACCCGUCGAUGGUUUGUCUUCAGCCAAAUCGAACGGAAGUGCUGGUCGAAUUCUUAUGAAGUUGCAGUACAACAGUAAUUUGGUUGUGAACCUUAAGAAGGUCGAAGGACUCAAGCUAAGGAAGUCAGAGGAAAAGGGGAAAGAACUUCCCAACCCAUAUGCAAUGGUGUGUUUACUACCAGACAGAAUGAAAUAUAAAUCUCACCGAACAACGCCGAAGUACAGUGCGAAGGAUGCCGAAUGGCAUAAAUCUUACAUGUUUAGAAACAUAUCGGAAAAUAUGCUGACGAAUGGCACAGUUGAAGUCACCCUCUGGGACGCCAUAUCCAUUGACGAAAGUGAAUUUCUUGGCGAAGUCCUCCUUGACAUAUGUGACGUUGAGUCAUGCGACAAAGCUGUUUGGUAUGACAUCCAAGACCAUGAUGAGAACAGUGGACCUCUAGUGAAGCCCGAAACUGUCCACCAGAAUUCACCAGCGUUACAAAGGCGAGGCUGUUCACUCGAGGAGUCACUUUCAAUGAACACGGAGGAGGAUUGGAGGCAGCGAUCAACGUCCUUUGAGGAGAAAUCAAAAAUAGGAACUUGCACAAUGCCAAUGGGCAAGAAGAAAAGGAGACCUUUGCAAAGUUCAUAUUCAGAUGAGGAUGAUGAAGACCAGGAGCAACUUAUUGAUACGGAUGAUGUGGUUAAACCAACGCCUGAUACACUGUCACCUGAUUAUGUAGCAGGCAGUGACAUUAAAGAAGAGAAGUCUUCUUUCCGGUCACGUAUGAAGAGAAAGGUGUCCCAUGCCAUCGAAAAACUCCAAGGCUCUCCCAAUCUUAACGAUAGCAAACGAGCAAGUAGUAUAGAUUCCAAUGACAAAACCCAAGGAAUUGGUGAAGGAGACUCUGUAAGCGCCCACUCCAAGAGCAUACAGAGCGUGUCAAGUCAAGACUCAGCCAACUCGGGCAGUCCCGCACUUUGGAAAAAAACUUCAAGCCGACCUAACUUAUACAGCAUAGAUCUAAUGGCACCACCUUCUGCCUUAAGCCAAGCCAACAGUGUCGAAGCCUUAGACAACAUAGGGAGUGACACGGAAGACACUGGCUGUAUUGAUUGUGAACGGCCUGCCCCUGAAGGAGACGAUGUAUCAACCCAGCUUGGACCAGGACAAGUUGGACCAAAACAUUCAUCAACAGAAUGCACAGUCCUUGGCGAUAUCAAAUUAGGCGUCAUUAUGACUAAAGGCAACCUCGAGGUUCAUAUCAUGUCGGCUAAAGGUUUGUCGACAGGCUCAAAUGGACAGGCACCAGAUACUUAUGUGAAGACAUACCUCACCGACGGCCAAAAGAAAACGCAGAAGAAAAAGACGAACAUCGUGAAAUGUAAUUUUGAUCCAAUGUAUCGACAGAAGAUCAAAUAUUCUGCUUGUGAUGUUUAUCAAAGACAUAUACAGGCAUCAAUUUGGGAAAAGUCACCAGGAUUCGACAAGAAUCAGUGUCUUGGGGAAGUUGUAAUAAGCCUUGACAAACUGGAUCUAUCCAAACUGACAUCAAGCUGGUACAAACUAUACAAACAGUCAGCAACGGAGCAAGGGUCUUCUGAUUCUCUGUUUUACUGAAGGAAACCAUGGAAUUUCUGGAUCUCAACAUGGUGAACAUUGCUAGCCUGAUAAGGUUUUGAAAGGCCUUUCAUUAGUGCACGAUCUGCAAACGACAGGUUAAUCACAAACUUCAGAAUCUGAUCACCUGCAUGUUAUCUCUCAGUGCAGGAAACUGCAAAAGCCAAAGACAUUUUUAUAAUGACAAAUGCAGGUCAUCUGGACUGUGGAAUGUCUAGAAUAUUUGACCUGACAAUCUUGUGUGACUCACACCUGCUGCAGAUCAGGUCUUAUUCAAACAUUUUCAUCUACCUCCCAAGUCGGAGAUCUGGGAAUUCUUGUUCCCUUAGUUGUAUAGGUACACAAGGAGCCCUCAAUAAAACUUCGCCAGUGCUAUGUUUCAAGAGGGGGCAGGGAUAACACCUAGAUUAUUAUGCUCACCUUAUUCUAGUCUUCCCAACUAACGCAAGUCUUCAUCCGAGAUUGAAGUAUCGAUCAGAUGCCCAGAUUUUUCAAAAAAUGGGAUAGUUGUUCAAGCAACGCGUUCAGAGAAAUCUAGUCAUUCACAUUUUCAUAGGAAAAUUAUUUGGUGUUUUUUCGACACACAAGCUAUAUCCUCAUUGUACUACACUUGAAUUGUAUAGAACGGCAGAGGAAACCAACUAAAAUAGUCAUGUAAAACUGACAGGAUUUCUAAAAGUCUCAAAGUGACUUACCGAUUUUUAAAUCGAGAAAUGCUUGUAAAAUAGUAUCAACGACACAUAGGUUUGCACUCCUGUAAACACAAGGGAGUCGUCCAUACGACCACAGUGAACAUGAGCCCAGGGUUUUUUUUAUAGUGGAACAAUUUAUUU